AGCUUCCUCAAAGCACCUAAAAUUCCAAUUAUAUCCUUUGACUAUUCCGACAUAUCCAUCAAAUCCUUCUUAUCAACUCUUCGCUUGACAAAUUUAGACUUGUGGCAAAAGUCUAAAAAGCUACCAUUAAACUCAUCUCGAAACCUCAAGAAAAACACAUGCACAUAAACACCCAAAAUUUGAAAACAAGAAAACAUCCAUGUCCUUCAUCUGUGGUUCCUUCAAAGAUCAGAAAGAAGAGGAUUUCGAAGUUCUUUGGCCAUACCCUCCCACACCUUUAAGAAAAACAAGAAGACACAGAUUUUGUUGCAGAAGGAACAAAGAAAACAAGAACCCGUAUUCAGAUCGUGGGCUCGACAAAUUUGAAGCUCUCUUGGCUGAUCUUGAUGACAUUAAGCAGAAGAUCUUCACCCAAAAGGGAUCACAGUACAUCUCCUUUGUUCGGUUUGUGUACUCAAACUCCAACGAUGUGAAGCCCAUUAUUGUGAGGUUAAGAGAUCCAAAGAAACAUGACAAAGAUCAUCACAAGGAAAAUAACGUGAAAGACACCAAAACUUCGACACUUUUGAGAGCUACAACUUUGGAUCAUCAUCAGACUUCAAAGACUCCUGGAGCUGUCACUAAUGGUACGAUCAAAGCCCAAGAAACAGAAGAUGUGAAACCAUCGAUUGAUCGAUGUACGAAGAUGAUUAGGGUUGACCAAUGGAAGUUGAAUUUGAAAAGGAAGUUAGAGGAGUGGUGGAUGCCUUCCUAUAAUUUACCUUUGUUUUUUAUUUUGGUCUUGGUUUUCUUAACAUUUUUCGGAAGAUCUUUGGCGAUUAUAUGCACUUCGAUUGCUUGGUACAUGAUUCCUACCAUUGAUGGAACACUCGAGAACACGACCAUGAAGCAGAAGAAGAUGAUCAAGAAUGGGCACUCAAGACAACCGAGUGAAAAUAAAAUGAUUUCUUCUCCAAAAGCCUUUUUCAGUGGACCCAUAAAUGUUCAGCAAAAGCGUAAGAUGCAGAAACUCAUGAGUUUUUGAAGAAAUUAAAUUGCGAUCUCUUUUAUUUUUUGUUUUUGAUUUCAAAUUUCUUUCCUGUAAUUUGGUUUUGAUGAGGGAUGUUGUCCUUCGUGUACAUGUUAAGUUUGCUACCCGAUUAUGCUGCGUCUUGGACGCAUUGAAUCGGGUUUGUAGUUAAGUUCGAUCUCUCGACAACUCUUGUAAAUGUAAAUUACCAAACAUAUGAGAAGAAAAUGUCUUAUUUUCCGAAUAA